AUUAUUAUGUGAGUUUAUUAGAAUGCUAGAAUGUUGCUCGGCCUCGUUGUGGGCUUAUGCAAUUUGAUCCUAGUCUAAAGAGGCGCUCGAGCACCUGGAGUACACGGCCUACAAUGCGAACCCUGCUUCUGAGGCGUCUUUCUACUCUCUACUUCUGCUGUCUUCUCUUGGCUUCCUCAGCCUCAGUCAGGAGAGUUGCCUCUCCUCACCUUGGCCUUCGGUCACCACCUACUCUACCUCCAUUCAGCUUCCUCAGCCUCAGUCAGAAGAGUUGCCUCUCCUCACCUUGGCCUUCGGUCGCCACCUACUCCUCCUCCAUUCAGCUUCCUCAGCUUCAGUCAGGAGAGUUGCCUCUCCUCACCUUGGCUUUCGCUCAAGCUCGGUACGGGCUCGCCCCGUCUUCUUCCUCGCCCUCGCCUUGCUCUUCCUCCAUGUCUUCCUCUUCUUCGUCAUCUCCCCUCAUCUCCACUCGCAGUCGGUCCUUCUUGUCCACCUUCAGCGAGCAGGCCAGCACAUGCAUCUCUGCGAAUUUACUCACUGCCGUUGCCCGUGGCGAGAACGCGCUGCCCCUCCUUGCCUUCUUGCUCUCUCCUUGCACGCGAGUCCAGCGCUUGCUCUGCAGCCACUUCCCCAGCUUCUCCUUGAGAACGUUGCGCCCAACUCCCUGCUCCUCUGGCAUCUUCGCCCACUCUCCCAGCGACAUGAACUCCAGGCUCCCCGGAGAGUAG